AUGGUGACUGGAUCGGGUACAACGCUGCGUCUGUGGGACUUGAAGGGCAUGAUUGUGUUGAAGGAAAUGGAAGGGCAUCGCAGCAACGUGCACACAGUUGCGGUAUCACGAGAUGGACGGUUGAUAGCCAGCGGUGAUCGGGAGGGAAAGCUCAUCGCCUGGCACGGAAAAACAGGCGAACCUCUUACUCAAUCCUAUGAAUGCAUCGAUGCCCACUCAAAAUGCAUUUGCUCCCUGGACUUUUCUCCAGAUUGUACAAUGAUGGCAAGCGGCUCAUUCGACCAGACGAUAAAACUGUGGAGUACGACAACAUGGCAGGUACAAGGAGAUCCAAUCCAAUGUGGUGCCUUGGUCUGCUGCGUUCGGUAUUCGCCGUCUGGAGAAUUUCUUGCCAUCGCGAUAGACCACGAUAUCUCAAUUUACAAUUCAAGCACGAGGGAAUCCGUUGCAAACCUAAAGGGUCCCAUGUCAUCCAACGUUGCAAACCUGAAGGGUUCCACGUCAUCCAACGUUUCACUCGUGUGGACGCCCGAUAGUACCUGCCUUCUCUCAGCGGGCGAUCAUCGCGAUCCCACCAUACGAGAGUGGGAUGCAUCAACCUGGACACAGGUUGGGGAUCCCUGGACGGGCCACACUGAGGGUAUCACUGCCAUUGCUGUUAACUUUGGUGGCACUAUGAUUGCCUCCGCAUCGCGUGACAACCAUGUCCACCUCUGGCAGCUCUCCGAUCGACGAACCAUAGCCAUAUUUAAGCACUCCGACAGCGUGAACUGUGUCACUUUCUUUAUGGAUGGCAAGCACAUCCUCAGUGGUGGUGAUGAUCAGAAGAUAUCAGAGUGGCGAGCAGAAGUACGCCCGUGUAGGGCACUUAUUGUUGCUGUGGAUAAAGUGACUGGUUUCCCCAAUCUGCCCCGAGCACACGUGGAUGCUCUCAGAAUGAGAGACUUCCUCGUCAAGUCUCGUGACUACCUACCUGAAAACAUCACAAUCAUGAUGCAUCACAAGAGUAUUUCCCCGAAACUUUAUCCCAGUAGAGCGAAUAUACUGCGUGAGAUUGACUUGAUGGUCCGAUGUACAUCACCACACGACCACUUAUUCUUCUACUACACUGGACAUGGAGACCAGGUUACUUGCAAGCAUAACACCGAAAGCGAUGGUAAAGAUGAAGCUAUAAUCACCUAUACUGGCAAGCACAUCAUUGAUAAUGUGUUGAAGAAACACCUCGUUGAUCCAUUACCUUCUGGUGCCAAGCUUUUCGCUUUAUGGGAUUGUACCCACUCUCACACUAUAUUGGAUUUGGAGCAUUAUGAGUGUAACGAGUUACUGUCGGCGCCCUUCAAAGUCCUGUCAGGAAAACUAAAGGCUUUGGCAAGUGUUUCCGAUCACUCUGUUGAUUAUUACCUGAAUAUUCGCCGUGCAGGCGAAAGCCCUAGCGCCAGCUUUUUGAAGGACAGCUCCGAUGAUCAGUCUUCGAUAAACGAUGACCCUCAAACAAGAUUUGGGUCGUUGACAACUGACAACAUGGGUCUUGGGCCUAGAGCAUAUUCCCCUGAUACUUACCUGCCUAAAUGCACUCUUGACUGUCCUCUGAAACUCCCAGAAGAGCGGGUCAAGCCCCACGUCGUUUCGUUGUCCGCAUGCAGGGAUGAUGAGCUGGCAUAUGAUGACAAUGCCACAGGUGAAACUCUAACGAAGUUUUUUAUUGACUAUCUCGAACGCAAUCCUGAGGCUUCAUAUCACGAUCUACUCUCCUACAUACGGCACAAGGUUGACGGAAUAACUCUGAGACGAACACAGGCACUGUCGAAAUAUAAAGUCGGAAAGGAGAAUAAAGACAGCAACCUGUCCUCUCAGCGGCCUUCGUAUUCGAGUCACUAUCGCCUGGAUAUGUUGCAGAUGGUUGAUUUAUGA